AGUCAGACUUUGUUUCCCUGCAGAGAGGAGCAGUUGUGUUCACUGAUCGUCGGCUGGAUAUAAACUCCUCAUGGAUCCGUUCUGAUAAUCUGGAUAUCUGAAUAUGAAUUUACCUCCUGAUUGAUUGACUCAAUGGUUUAUUGAUUAGUUUUGAUCAGUGAUCAGAAACUGUGGAGUGACUGAGUCUGACUGGCUGUUUAAUGCUGACUGGUUCAGAGCGACUGACACGAUGUUGACCAUCUCUGUUCUGCUGCUGCCAUUGCUCCUCUCCUCCCCUCCUGUCUCCUCGUCUCCUCUGGCCAAGGUAAACUCAGAUCAGUCGGUGUGUGCCAGGACUUUCUGCGGUGCAGGACGAGAGUGUGUGUCGACCGACAGAGGAGAGCCAGUCUGUCGCUGUCUGGAGCAGUGUGAUGUGACGGAGCACUGGGUGUGUGGCAGCAACGGCAGGUCCUACAGAAAUCACUGUGAGCUGCACAGAGACGCCUGCAUCACUCACACCAAGAUACAUGUGGAGCACAGAGGACACUGUCUGGAGAAACCAACACAGGCAGACGUGAGCCCCAUCGUGUGUUUCCUGUCUGAUCGUGAUUGGCUGAGAGACAGAGUGAUCCAGUGGAUUCAGGAGGAAGUCGAAUCCAACGGUCUGACGUCCAACGAGACCUCAGCCAGUCAGCUGCUGCAGACGUACUUCAAGACGUACGAUGACGGGGAUUCAGAGCUCGACUCCAAAGAGUUCCUGAGCUUCUUGAAGCACAACGAGACGGCGCUCAACAUCACCUACUCUAAUACUCUGGAGACCAACAUGCUGCUGAGGUCUCUGUGUGUCGAUGCUUUGAUCGAGCUGUCGGAUGAAAACGCAGACUGGAAGCUGAGUUUAACAGAGUUCAUCAACUGUCUGACACCCACCUACCAUCCAUAUGAGAGAAAGUGCGCUCUGGAGGACGAGGUGUUCGAGGACGGAGCUGAAACUCGGAUGGAGUGUAACAAGUGUGUGUGUGCCUGUGGAAACUGGGUGUGCACCGCUCUGACCUGCAAUGGAGAGCACCAGGUGGAGGAGGAUGUUGAGGACGGAGCAGAAGAAGAAGAAAUGACAGAAGAGGAGUGGAGCAGGAGAGUGGCCGAACUCAACGCUCUACAGGAGGACAGUCAACACUGAAAUGAAGCAAACACCUGGUGAAAGUCUGCAGUUUGUUGGACCCGUUCAGCGCCCCUCUUACCCCCUGGUGUCAUGGUUAGCACUGUCGCCUCACAGCAAGAUGGGUCCUGUUUCAAACCCAGGGUGGGGGAACCCUCCUGUGUGGAGUUGGCAUGUUCUCUCUGUGUCAGCGUGGGUUUCCUCCAGGAGCUCUGACAUUUUCUCCCUGUGUCAGCGUGGGUUUCC